AUGUAAACCAUAACAGAAAAUAGGUAUAACCAAAUAAUAAGAAUGGGAAAGCUUUAAAAGUUUAAAUAUGAAAAUGAAGGUAUAGUUUAUGAAAUUGAUACUAGUUAAAAACUUGCCGAUAUUAUUUUCUAAGAGGUAAUCAUCGAUUAUAUUUUAAUAUAGUAAAAUCAAAUAAAAUAUUAUACUCUUGGCUAAUUAAUAAUAAUUUUAUACAAUAUUAUGGAUUAAUUACUCAAAGUCUAUCAGAUCUCAUAAAUUUCAAGACUUAAUAUGAAUUCGAUUUAUGUAGAUAAUGAGAAUUUAAAAAUUACUUUUACUAAUAUUCAUGUUAGCAAUGAUUUAGUUUCUUAUGAAUAAAAUUUGAACUAAGUAAAAAAAAUUGCUUAUGAAAUCUUUGAUUUUCAUUAAAAUUCUUUAAUAGGAUUAUUUAAUGAAGACAAUUAAGCUUAUUUAAGCAAAAAAAUUCAGUAUAUAACUGAGUAUUCAAAUAAUGUACUCAAUAUUCUGUAAUCAGCUAAAAAUCAUUAGGAGCUAAAGGAAUUUGUUUAAAAAAAUAUAAAAAAUUAAUAAUUGAUACAUGAUAAUUUCUAGGAUGUUGCUGAAACUCCUAAAAAUGUUUAACCACUGAAAACUGUUGAAAAAUUUAAUACAGGUUACUAAGUUAAAUAAUCCUUCGUUUAAGAAAAACCAUUAAUUAAAAACUUAGAACAAAAGGAAAUUUCAAUCCACUAAAAAUUACCCUAAUAAACAAAUUUACAUUAAAGAUAUCAAGAGCAAUCAGAAGAUUUAAUAUCAUAAUAAUAUUAAUAAUAAUAAAUUUAAUAAUAAUAAUAAUAAUAAUAAUAAUAAUAAUAAUAAUAAUAAUAAUAAUAAUAAUAAUAAUAAUAAUAAUAAUAAUAAUAAUAAUAAUAAUAUUAAUAAUAAUAAUAAUAAUUUUAAUUAGAAUAAUAAUAAUAUCAAGAUUUUAAAGAAUAAGAAGAAAAUUCGACUUACUUUUAAGUCUAAAACUCAGUUAUUAAUCCCUAACUUUAUUCACAUAUUGAUGAAGCUUUGAAAACGGCAUACUUAGAUGAAAAUCUAUAUGAAUAUAUGCUCAGUUUUUUUGUCAAAAACUAUAAGAAUGCUUAAAAUGAAUUAAUCAACCAAAAGAUAACAAAAUUAUACAAUAUUUAUCAUUACCCAAUAGUUUAAAACCUAAAUUCUGACAACGAUGUUGUUUAACUAUGGAGAAAUAAAAUUUCUGAUUCUUUCAUUAACUAAAGAAAUCUGAGCUUGGAUGAAGAAGAUGAGUUGCUUAUGUAAAAGUUGAAUUAAAUGUUUAAUGAUUUAAGUUCAUAUUGA